AUGAUCUCGACGGGCAAGGGGGAGAUCGACGUGAUGUCGCGCCUGCUGCAGGACCGGAUCCUCAUCCUCGGAGGCCAGGUCAAUGACGAGAUGGCCAACGUUCUCAUCGCGCAGAUGCUCUACCUGGCGAACAAGGAUAGCGAGAAGGAGAUCACGAUAUACAUCAACUCCCCGGGUGGAUCCGUCUCCGCGGGGCUGGCGAUCUACGACACCAUGCAGUUCGUGCCCUGCGACGUGAACACGGUGUGCUUCGGCAUGGCGGCGUCGAUGGGCGCGUUCUUGCUCGGCGCGGGCACCAAGGGGAAGCGCAAGGCGCUCCCCAACUCGCGCAUCAUGAUCCACCAGCCCCUCGGAGGCGCGGGGGGGCAGGCGGCCGACAUAGAGAUCCAGGCCAAGGAGAUCCUGUUCCUGCGCGACAUCCUCAACGUGCACCUCGCAGACUUCACCGGGAAGCCGCAGGACGUCAUCGAGAAGGACUGCGACCGCGACUACUUCAUGACCCCCGAGGAGGGCGUCGAGUACGGGAUCAUCGACGCGGUGGUGGAGACCAAGUCUUGGCCGCGGUUGCAGAAGCCAGAGAAGCCGACGAUGACGUGA